UGGGAAGUAAACCUCACCCUAUCAACAGGUGACUCUUCUCAGUGCACUGAUGUGAUUGGUUAAACUCCCACUUCCUUAUUUUUGUCAGGCUGAUCAUGGUUCAACAACGUCUGCAUGCCCUGCUUUUGCUCUUUUCACUUCUGCAGCAAACAGAGGUGACUGCAGAUGGAAAAUACUUCCACAUUCUGAAAACGUGUCAGUUCAUAGAGACGGGCUCACAGUAUGAUGUGCAGUACUACAUUCACUACCAGUACAACGGCCGACUGCAGGCGGAGUACAACAGCUCCACAGAAAAGGUGGUUGGAUUCACAGAGUAUGGAAGACAGUUCGCAGACACUGUAAAUAAAAACCCUGACUACCUGAAGGUCAGGAGACAUGAUCUGGACUACUACUGCAAGUUUCAAACUGCUCUGGCGUACAAAGACAUUCAGGGUAAAGCAGUGCCUCCUGUCACCAGGCUGAAGUCAGUGAGGUCUGACAGCAGUGAAGACUCAGUGGUUUUGGUCUGCAGUGCCUACAACUUCUACCCUCGGCACAUCAGACUGUCCUGGCUGAGAGAUGGUGUUGUCAUACCUGACCCUCCAGGUGUGGUCAUUACGAAGAUGCCCAGUGGAGCCUGGCGCUACCAGAUCCACUCACACCUUGAACUCACCCUGAGCACAGGGCGAAACGUCAGCUGCAUGGUGGAGCAUAUGGGGCUACAGGAGCCGCAGCUGCUGCACUUCGAUCAGUCAGAGCUACAGUCGACGCCCCUUAGCCUUCCACUGGGAGGAUCUGUUCUGGGAGUGGGACUGAGUUUCCUGCUCUGCGCGAUGGGAUUUUACUGGAGAAAGACACACUGAGCAGGAACUACCUGUUGCAGAUUGUCAUUUAAAACCAAAGUAACCAAACCGGUUUAUAUGAUCAGUCACCUGAAGGAAAUCACUGCGGCACAUGUUCAGCGCUGGUUUCCAGUCUGACCGGCCCAGAUGGAUGUGUGGCUCCCAUGACUGACGUGCAGCUUCAUCAUCAAAGACAUCACCAUAUACAGAUCAGAUUUGUUCCGUGUCUACAUGUAUGUUUAGUGGCAGACAGGAUGAUGGUUACUGAGGCUGGACAAUAAAGUCACAUGUCAAAGUUAGGAAAAGACAUCCUGCCUGUCGACUGUUGCAGAGUGGAGAAAUAAUCUUUUUUGUUGCUUGUCACAGCAUUUACAUUUAGAAAUGUGUGCCUGUAGUUUCUCCUAAAAAACUGAAUGAUGAUGAUAAUCCUGAACAUGAUUCUAUUAUAUCAUUAAAAUAUUACUGAAAAUAUUAAA